CGUUACACAGUCCUGUCAGAUCGUGCGCAUCGUAGCAGUCUCUCAAAGGGUUCAGCGUAUGGCGACAUUGUCCGUCCUCGGGCCCUGAUGGACCACAAUCUGCUCGUUGCAGAGCUACAGACGCUAGUCUCCGAGAGCAAACGUCGAUAUCCAGAAGUCAAAGAGGCCUCCGAAGCUGCUUUAGAAAUCUUGAAGGCGAAAACUACUGGGAAGGAUACCCUGGCUGCUCAUUGUGACAAGCUGCUGGCGCCAGUUAUUCUGGGAUGCAAGACUAAACAGGCGAAAAUAGUCGGCAUCUCCAUCACUGCUCUACAGCGACUGGUAAUUCUCAGAGGGGUCGCAACAGACUCACUGCCUCAAGUGUUUGAGUCAUUGAGCUCUGUCGCCAAUCAAGCUGUGGACAUUCAGCUCAAGAUCCUUCAAACGAUCUUGUCAAUCCUGUCUCAUGAUUCAGACGUCCAUAAUGAAGUGCUCGGCAACGCUCUUCUCAUCUGUUUCAAGCUCCAAGAUUCACGAGUAUCAGUGGUAUCUUCCACGGCCGCGGCGUCGCUCCGACAAGCCGUGAUGGUCAUCUUUGAUCGUAUAGCCAAGGACACCUCGACUCCUCUUCUACCCCUCACGUUGAUCGGUCCAGACUCGGGGGAGGUUCUGGUCACCCCGGCUGGACUGGAUGCGUACCAUAUCUUUUCUGAUCUUUGCUUGUUGACUGCUCGGGGGACGGGGACCGGCUCCUUCUCUCUGUGGGGCAAGGCAGAAGACGUCAAGCCAGUCCUGCUCAAACUCAGUGCUCUUCAACGGACUUUUGGUCUCGAGCUUAUCGAAAGCAUUCUUAGCGGCUACGAAAGUAGUGUCAAGCAGCACCCGGAGCUUCUGCAACUACUCAGUCACUCGCUUGACCCCCUACUUUUGCAGCUGCUGGGAACCAAACCAUCGUUCCCCAUUGCACUUAGAGUCUGCAGACUCAUCUUUCUCUUGAUCCGAUCGUUCACUGAGCAAUUGCCGCUGCAAGCCGAGGCGUAUCUUACUGCUUUGAAUAAAAUCGGCAUGGGUGAGGUGGAUGCAGAGGAAGGUGCGAAAAGAGACGUCGUACCGCCGUGGCUUCGAGGACUGGCGUUGGAGAUUCUGAGGGGCAUUUGCGGAGAUACUGCCCUGUUGCGUACCAUCUGGACAAAUUUUGAUCAACCCGAAAAUGGCCCAAAGAUCUUUGGCAAAAUCAUCGCUUCCUUAGGCCGAUUGGUCAAUGAAAAGCCUGCCUUGCUUGGAAUCGGAUCUCAGAUGCAUGGCCUCGGGAUCCCUCACUCUGAGGCCAUGUCCACGGGUGCCGGAACAGGUUCGAGUGGAGGUUACCUCGACAUGGGCAUCGGAAUGGUCGCAUCCGCAGCCAGCGCAGGUAUAACUACCGUCGGCUCGAUGAUGGGCACUGGCAGCUCAGGUCUUGGACCGCAAUCUGCUAUGAAGUUGAAGCUGAUUGAGCAGCACGACAAGGUCGAAGCCCCACCCAUACCUGAGACCUACAUCUAUCUUUUGGCUUUACAAUCACUGGACGUAGUCGCUGAAGGCAUCUACAUCUCGGUCGGCCAGUCUAAUCAGCCCGAAAUGGCGGUCACGGGCAUGGCCGAGUCGGCCUGGCCGGCAUUGCUUGCAGCUCUGUCUUACUGUCUGGGCACCAAUCUGUCCGAUGGGCUCUUUGCUGAAGUAUUGAGCGCUGUGCAAGACUUUACCGUCGCAUGUGGUCUCUCCAAUUUGCCUACGCCGAGAGACGCAUUCAUCAGCACGCUUGGCAAGUACGCGGUCCCACCGGCGGUGGUAUCGGCCAUGCAAUCUUACAUGGAGAGCGGAGGGGCGGGGCAGGGAGGCCGAACUACAAGUGCGCUGAGUGCGGACUCGCUUGGUCUAGGCGUACUAGGCAGCGGAUCGGCCAGUCCGCCCAGCCUUUCGGACAGAAAUUUGGCUUGUCUCAGGAGCACCAUCACAACGGCUCGGAUCCUUGCGUCCACUCUAGGUGACGCUUGGCACGAUGUGCUGGAGAUUUUGCAAAACGCCAAUUUCUUGCUUGUGACUCGGAAACCUGGCAAGCCGCGCCGUAAUCCAACCGGUGGAUCUCCACAGAUGCCUCAGUCACCCAUGAUGCCUGGAACACCUCCAGACCAGCCCGAUCGAUCGGAUAUAUUUGGUGACCUUGACAUCGAGUCCAUACAAAACGCCAUCAACAUCCUGUUCGAUGGGACCAGGGAUAUGAGCGAUGAGGCAUUCAGGACGUUCGUAAAUGCGCUGCAACGGCUCAGUUCAGAGAUGAUAGGCUUUGAUUCGGAGAUACAAAGCACAAUAGACCUGUCCGACGCGUCAUUGCCACCGAACUCGCCCUCCAUGCUCAUGUCACCUGGCGGAGAAAGCAAGCGACGGGCGAGUGGGAUCAAUAUCAACCAAAGUAUCAAAUCUGGCGAAAGAUCCUUUAGCCUGACCAAGCUACGAAUCGUGGCCAUGAUCAAUCUACAGCGUAUAGUCAACUCGGAUCCGGCUAUUGGAUGGGAUCCGACCACGCAGCAUCUGUUGUCCGUCGCUAGGCAUCCUUCGGCCCCGACAACGCUCCGACUCCAGGCAUCUGAUGCGCUUGACGAGCUGUUGCUGGGCGCCAUUCGAGUCGGAACCCAGUCACGUGUCCAGCAUCAAGUCUUCAACGUCUUGGUUAAGCAGGUCGACACUAUGCCAAUCAGCAAUAUCGUUGCGACGGACUACGACGUCCGUUCAGCUGGGUACUCGACACUCAAUCAGAUCCUUGAGUCAUCCGGUCAUUCAUUAGAAGUCGGAUGGAAGACGAUAUUUGCAAUGCUUAACGACGUUUGCAAAGAAGCCCCUGCAAAAAGGCAACCAUCAGUCCCGUACACUCCUAAUCUUUCACUCGAUACUGGCCGACCGUCCAGUCUCAAGGGCAAUGCAAACCUCGUCCGAAUCGCUUUCCCCUCCCUCAACCUCAUUUGCACCGAUUUCCUCUCAUCUCUGGAUCGAGGAUCGAUGCAGCAUUGUAUUUCUUGCCUUGGUGGAUUCGGGCGUCAGAAAGAAGAUGUCAAUAUCGCUUUAGCUGCCAUCGGUCUGUUAUGGAACGUCUCUGACGCUGUACAAGGCGGCUCAGAAGAGCUCAAAUCUCUUUGGCUCCAUCUUCUGACGGAGCUCCUUGGACUUGGCCAGGAUCCUCGAUUGGAAGUCCGAUCCACAGCUAUGCAAACCCUGUUCCGUUGCGUCGAGCUCUAUGGAUCUACACUUCCUCCUGAUAUGUGGACCGAUGUACUGGGCAAGAUUCUGUUUCCCCUAUUGGAUGCCGCCACUGGUGACGAAGGUGCCAUCCUCGCUCUGACGUCCACCGGCAACAUCUUCAACUUGUUCCUACCCACAUUCACGAUUCUCGAUACUUUCACCGACAUCUAUCCUCGAUUACUCUCUCGCAUAGAGCGAGCAUUCGCAACGGAACCUCGGCAAUGUGGCACAGCGGGUCUCAAGGCACUGGAAAGGAUCUUGGUCGCCACGGGCUCAGAUACAGCAUCGUCAAAUCUAGAAGCCCGCGACUUCAUUCUGGAUGCAACCUGGAACUGCUUUGUCAAUCUCAGUGAUUGCCUCGAGGGAUCCGAGAUUUAUACCCAGGACAAUCUCGUUGCUCUGAUCCGCGUCGGUUCACAGCUGCACGAUCAAUUGACGUGGACAGACGAACGUGUUGCCAGAUUCUCCCAGGUCCUUCGGAGCGUCAUGACUUAUGACAAGUCUCCCGAGUAUCGUCCAGACACAGAUGUCAUGUCGCCUCUGCAAGCUAGUAUAACGCAACUCAUCUGUGCUUCGAGUCAUCUGGGCUCGACCAUCGUUCUCGGUGACUUGGCCGAAUUCGCCUCCCUUGCGUACAUCAGGGACGAGGCAGCUCGAGUGACGUUUGUGGCAGUCUCCAAAUUUUCGUUACCUAAAAUCGCCGAGGUCUUCCAAAGGUCCGCCCAGGAGCAGACGAUAUUUGAGGACGGAACGGUCGAGUCUGUACUUGGUGCAUACGCUGUGCCCAUCAAACUCAAGUAUGAUUGCCCUUCGGCCAACAAGUAUGGCGAAGAUGGGCCUCUGUGGAAGACCGCGAUGGAAUCUGUCGCCCGCGUUCUGGAUCCAAUAGUGUUUACGAUCGACACAAGCAAUUUGGAUCCAGGUCGUAUCUCGGGGAUCUGGUCGCAGAUCAUUGACAUUUUUUCCGCUGUUCUACUGGCAGACAAUUCCAAUGGAGGCGACCAGGUAUCUGAGGACGAGUCAUUCGUCUUGCCGUUCUUGGACAGGCUGAAAGGUACUAUUGUACCCCGCCUUGCGACACAGGUUCCGGACCACCUCAUAGAGCGCUAUGGGGAUGUCUUGCGCCGCGCCAGCGAACUUUAUCGUUUCGAUGUCAAGACCAUUAACGGAGGCACGACAGCUCCCGCGGUCCCGGAUGUUUUGGAGAGCACGCGCUUCUGGGCGUUCGAUCUCCUGUGGGCGGGUGUAGGAAUGUCCGAUCCGGGUGCGCAAGGAGACGACGCCAAGGUGGCCAAGCUCGUCUUGCCGUCUCUACUGAGACGUGCAGAGAAGGCUUUGAGGGGAUACGUUGAUGAUGCAAAGCUCAGAGGGCAAAUGCCACUUGGCCGCGUUCGAGAUGACGAGUUGCUGUACAUCCUGCGGCAUCUAGCAACGCUCAAGAUUGUACCGAAUGUCGUUGUCAAUUCAAAGGCCCACAGCUUUGGCUCAUCGACACGAGCCCAUCUGUUCCACUUCUACCCUCUCUUCUUGGAGCUGGCGUUCUUGCGCUCACCCCUUCCCAGUAUGUGGCUGUUCCCGUCGGAGCGAUCCACAUUGUACGAACAGCAAUCGCCUACGGCGGACCAGGCUAACGGAGAAUUCAAAUCAUCGGCUCCGGGGAAGGGCGAUGGUGGGGUGGAUCAGUCCGAAAUGCAGGGACUCGACGCGGGGGAUGGCGGCGAGUUAAUUGAAGUUGGAGCGAGGGAGAUCGCUCGUCGAUGCCUUGAAUUGAUUGGUCAGGAGAUGGGGAUAUCGACGGUCUGAGGGUGAAGAGCAGAUGGACAAUCUUUGAUACCUUGCAUCUUGAAUACCAAUCCUGUACGCUAGACA